AAGAAGACAUUGUUGGCGAAUUCUAAGCCGAAUAUAGAAUUUGAAGCAUAGAUUCUUAAAAGAAAAGGUCCAUUCAAAUGCAAUAAUACCGCACUAAAAACAAAAACUUGGUUAUUAUUCCUCUCCGUUUGAUUGCGACUAUUUCCUCAGUUUCCCUUUAAUUUCGUUUCCUCAUUUGAGUACACACAACACCCGUUAUAUAUAUAUCUACAUGCUUUCUCAAAGUUCCUCUAAACAUUUCUAAUUUGAUUUUUUCUCAAACUUGAAGAGUUCGAUAAUAAGAGCUGAAAAAUAGAGAGAAGACAUGGGGAAGGACUCGUACGAGGAAGCUAUUGAUGGUCUCAAGAAACUUCUCAGUGAGAAAGGAGAGCUGAAAGCUGCUGCAGCUGCAAAAGUGGAGCAGAUAACAGCAGAGUUACAAACACCAACUUCUAAUGGCGCGUUUAACCCAGUUGAGAGGAUCAAAACUGGUUUCGUUCACUUCAAAAAAGAGAAAUAUGACAAGAGCCCUGCUUUGUAUGGUGAACUGGCCAAAGGCCAAAGCCCCAAGUUUAUGGUGUUUGCAUGCUCGGACUCCCGGGUUUGUCCAUCACAUGUGCUUGAUUUCCAACCAGGAGAGGCUUUUGUGGUCCGAAAUGUUGCUAACUUGGUUCCACCAUAUGAUAAGACUAAAUAUGCUGGAGUUGGUUCUGCAGUUGAAUACGCAGUUUUGCAUCUCAAGGUGGAAUACAUUGUGGUGAUUGGACACAGUGCAUGUGGUGGAAUUAAGGGGCUUCUUUCCUUUCCCUUCGAUGGAACCAGCACUACUGACUUUAUUGAAGACUGGGUCAAAAUUGCUUUGCCUGCCAAGAACAAGGUGAAAUCAGAAUUCGCUGGUGCUUCUUUCCCAGAACUAUGUGGACACUGUGAAAAGGAGGCGGUGAAUGUGUCACUUGGAAACCUGCUGUCCUAUCCAUUUGUAAGAGAAGGCUUGGUGAACAAGACCCUAGGAUUGAAGGGUGGUUAUUAUGACUUUGUUAAAGGAACCUUUGAGCUUUGGGGGCUUGAGUUUGGACUGAAUCCUUCUUUCUCCGUAAAAGACGUGGCCACGAUACUGCAUUGGAAGCUCUAGGACACGCUUAGAGGCCAUUCAUUCCUGCAAAGAUGAGGCUCUUCUUCAUAUGUAUAUGAUAAAUUGAGCUGGUUUAUGUAGACUAAGCCUCUUUUAUUUAGUCUCCUGAGACUGAAUUUCAUUGUUCAUCUCAACUUCCUUGACAUAUACCUAACUUCUUAAGUGUCCGGCCUCAUCCAAUUAUAUACUUGAUAAUUUCAAGUGUUACAAA